CUGAGCGUCAAGUCAGAGGUCAAUUUCGAUGAAUCGCUAUCCUUUAGCUUCUCAGUCGUUUGUUUCAGAACAAGAAAUACAUCCUUUCCCUCGUAACUUUACCGCAAUUCGCUGAACCAAAGCGUCAAGGAACACGUUCCUCUUAGGAUCAUUAAGCACCUGCCAGUACGACCACGUAAAGAUCCCUGAAGCUUGCUUCGCGUUCGUUCUAAAUUUGAGGUAAUGUUCUUGCUAUUAUUAGAGAGCGUGUUUACGGUGAAGAAAUGUAAAAUGGUUUCCGUGUUUACAUAGCCUGAUGUAAACACGCGGGAGGUUGGGAGAACACUCGAUAAGCUGGAAACCACCAUAAAAUAGCUAAUAAAAGAGGAACGAAAACCGCGUUUACAUACGCUCAUGUAAAAUGGUUUUAUGGCCAAUCAGAGCGCGCGCACUAUCUGAAUAAUGUUUUAUAAAGUGAGAUAUCCAGCGUACGUUCGUGUAAUGCAAAAGGUUUGUAAGUCUUUCCUUAGGUGUGUAUGUUUAAAUAAGACAUAAUCGUCAUGAAACAGCUUAAUUAUGAACAAGAAACAAGUCGAUGGAAAUCUUAGGACCGUAGACUCGUCGAACCAAAGGUCCCUUAGAGACAAUCUCUUUUGAGUGACCAAGUUUACAAAAGCAGAAAUUUUUCUCAAUGUCAUCAGCUCUCACAAGCUCUCAUGAAGGAAUACGUCCACUUUCUUCGCCAAUUAUUUGAAGUAUUUCCAUUUACGACCUCACUUAGGUCACCAAUUUACGCGUGAAUGAGAUUUUGCAAUGAGCCAAACUUAAAUACGUAUACGGUAUCAAAGUUGUUCUUACAUGGGGCUCUCAAAACACGGUCAAAUGUCUGGGGGCACACUCGCCCGGAAGUUGGGAAUUUUACAGACUUCUUACUGAAAGAAUUUUUGGGAUCGCUCGACAUUUCUAAACAAAAACCGAAAAACGUGAUACCAAAGGGAAGUUUGAAAGAAUAUUUCAAGAGAAAUUUUCUGAAAAUUGCCUAGCUUCCAGGUAUUUUAUAGUCUGUUUGAGAUCGUGAGCAGCAGCUGGGCAUUUGACCACAGUGUAAAACGUUUUAUUUCCUGUCGCCUUUCCGUUCAGGAAAGUGAGUCGCAAAAAAUAUGGGAAGCAGAGGGAGCCUGGGUAUGAGCAUCCGCUUGCAAAUCGCUUUCGUAAAACAAUUCAUAGUGGUAAUUGACCUAAAUGAGGUGCACCUUAGUCGGCACGAUUUGAAAUCAGAAGUAUGAUUUCAGACCAAAAUUGUGCAACAGAAAUUUCAAUUAGCACUAUAUUACAUUAAUUUUGAAAUGGCCAAAUUCAGUUGCUUGGAUACAGGAUUUUUUUUUUUAGUCAGAGCUAGCUGUAGAAAUAUGUUAUGGAUUCAGUAGUGAACUGGUUUAUGGAAAGUUGCAAACGUUGUUUUUCAUUAUCCUGCAAUUUGAUUGAUUUCUUUAAACAAGUUCUGUGACAAGUUCUUGUAUCUGACAAUUUUAAAUGUGAAUUCUUGGAAGUUCAGAGUGGAACUUCCAUUUAGGUGACACUACAGGACUAGAAAAAAUGUCCUCUGAAUAGACGUUUCAACUAGGAGGGGAACAGAUGCAAUUGGUUUUCGCUUUGCUAGAAAUCAUUACAAAAUAGGUUAAAAUGUAUGAAGCUCUUACUCUGAUGGUAUCUAGUUGAUUACUCUAAGGGUUUGCUUAGUACAUAUUUUACAUCCUUAAUUAAUGUACAACACAAUUAUUGAUCAAUUUGAUGGAAAGCUUGUCAAUCAACAGAGACAAAUGAAUGACUAAGUUAUUAGACCUUUCGAUUCAUCCAAAUAUUUGAUAACUUUGAAGCCAAAUUUCUCUCCCUGCCAGAAUUCUAAGAAGCAUCAAAAAAAUAUUUGGGCACUGCUGUAUUUUUGUUAUGAAUGCCUUUUAAAAUCUGUAACCGUGACAAGGUUCUCUCAACUACACCUGUCACGCAAUUUUAGCUAAAAAUCAGUAAAUAUGUCUUUUGAGCUGGUUUAUAGGAAGUUGCAAACGUUGUUUUCAUUUACCUGUGAUUUGAUUGGUUUCUUUAUGCAAGCUCAAUGGGAAGUUCAUGUAUCGGACAAUUUUAAAUCAGAACUCUCGAAAUUUCAGGGUAGAACUUCCAAUGGGACAUUUUACAGUUGUAUACUUAGUUGUCAAGGGCACAUAAGGAAGCAAAUUGCGAUCGCGUUGUUGAUGAUUUGCAUUCAUGACUUGGCGUUUAUGAUUUCACAUUCAUUUUACUGAGUUUGGAGAGAAAAAUUAACCUGAAUACUACUCCAAGGCUAGUUAUGAGUGGAAGAAAGAGAUAGAAUGCAAAUGAAAGAAAAAUUUAUAAUCUUUGGCAGAGAUGUCGAGUGUGUUGUUGAAAGGUGAAGAAUCAAAAGGACAAGAGAAGAAAGAUGAACAUAAAAACGAAAAGCAGAAGGCCAACCAAGCUGGCAUGAAAAAAGCUGUCACUGCAAAUUUCAAGGAGGAAGAAAUAGACAUCCCAAAGAGAAAGGUGGGACUUAUAAUAGGAAAAAAAGGUUGGAGAAUAAUGGAUAUAAUCACCCGAAGUGGAGUCCAGGACUUAUUCAUCAAGGAAGAACGUGUUCACAUAAAAGGAACAGAUGAACAACGCACCUGUGCAAAACAAAUUAUCAGAAAGGUCCUAUGUGUGAGUUUUACAUUUAUUUUUACCCCUUUUAUGUUAUUAUUUAUUGUGUUGUUUUGUUAACUUCCUCAUAGCCGUAGAAAAACUUAUCCAAAGCAAAGUUUGCACCGAUGAUUUUAGCGGUUAGCAUACAUGUUAGUGACUGUGGAGUGGGUCACAAGGCCAUCUAUUUUCCAUCCCCACAUCUUUCCUUCCUUCCAUCUCUCCAUUCUCCUGUCCUUCCAUCCUUCCAUCCUUCCAUAUUUGCUUCCUUUCUUCCCUCUAUUCUUCUGUCCUUCAAUCCUUCCAUCCUUCCAUUCCUUCUUAUUUGCUUCCUUUCUUCUCUAUUCUUCUGUCCUUCAAUCCUUCCAAUCCUUCCAUUUCUCCUUAUUUGAUUCCUUUCUUCCCUCUAUUCUCCUGUCCUUCAAUCCUUCCAUCCUUACAUUUCUCCUUAUUUUUUUCCCUUUCUUCUCUCUAUUCUUCUGUCCUUCAAUCCUUCCAUCCUUACAUUUCUCCUUAUUUUCUUCCUUUCUUCUCUCUAUUCUUCUGUCCUUCAAUCCUUCUAUCUUUCCAUUUCUCCUUAUUUGUUUCCUUUCUUCCCUCUAUUCUUCUGUCCUUCAAUCCUUCCAUCCUUCCAUUUCUCCUUAUUUGCUUCCUUUCUUCCAUCUAUUCUUCUGUCCUUCAAUCCUUCCAUCCUUCCAUUUCUCCUUAUUUGCUUCCUUUCUUCCCUCUAUUCUUCUGUCCUUCAAUCCUUCCAUUUCUCCUUAUUUGCUUCCUUUCUUCUCUCUAUUCUUCUGUCCUUCAAUCCUUCCAUCCUUCCAUUUCUCCUUAUUUUCUUCCUUUCUUCUCUCUAUUCUUCUGUCCUUCAAUCCUUCCAUCCUUCCAUUUCUCCUUAUUUGCUUCCUUUCUUCCAAUUCAGGGUUGGACAUUAGCGCUCGCCCACUCGCCCAGGCGAGUGUCAAAAAAAUGUCGGGCGAGUGCAAAUCCUGAAUCACUCGCCCGUUUGGCGAGUGUGAUUUUCAUCGCCAAGAAAUUGAUUAAAUUGCAAAAUAAACGAUGUUUUUUUUACUCUGUUUUGCCGAGAGAUCUCUAAACACAAACUUACCAUAGUCCAUAUCUGUAUGGCAAAGUUUUAUACCCAAAUUGUCCAAAAAUGGGCGCUGAAGCGCAACAAAAUAGAAAACAACAAUGGCUUCCGCCUUGUGAUAAUUACAUAAACCGUGUACUUUUGCAAAGUGAUACUGCUGGUCACUAUCGAGCCCUCGGUGAUCAGGUAAACAUGGCGUUCAAGCUGGAAGUACAGACACGUUUUGCCGCAAACUGCAGGGAGCUCACCGAGAUUCAUCAAUAAAAAACUAUGUGAAAUAUAAAGUAAGUGCCUCUAUUGUGAUUUCUUGGGGUUUAAGGUCUUAAACUAGAAUUUUUCAUUGAAGUUAAAAACCCCCCCCUUAAAAAAAGGGGGGGGUAAACUUUUGGGCGAGUGAAAACUUAUCCGGGCGAGUGCAUUUUGAGGGUUACUCGCCUAAAUGGCGAGUGCUCUCAAAAUUAAGUGUCCAACCCUGAUUCCAUCUAUGCUUCUGUCCUUCAAUCCUUCCAUCCUUCCAUUUCUCCAUAUUUGUUUCCUUUCUUCCCUCUAUUCUUCUGUCCUUCAAUCCUUCCAUCCUUCCAUUUCUCCUUAUUUGCUUCCUUACUUCCAUCUAUUCUUCUGUCCUUCAAUCCUUCCAUCCUUCCAUUUCUCCUUAUUUGCUUCCUUUCUUCCCUCUAUUCUUCUGUCCUUCAAUCCUUCCAUCCUUCCAUUUCUCCUUAUUUGCUUCCUUUCUUCCCUCUAUUCUCCUGUCCUUCAAUCCUUCCAUCCUUACUUUGCUCCUUAUUUGCUUCCUUUCUUCCCUCUAUUCUUCUGUCCUUCAAUCCUUCCAUCCUUACAUUUCUCCUUAUCUGUUUCCUUACUUCCUUCCAUUUUUCUGUCCUUCAAUCCUUCCAUCCUUCUUUUCCUACUUAUUUGUUUCCUUUCUUCCCUCCAUUCUUCUGUCCUUCAAUCUUUCUAUCCAUUCCAUUACUCCUUAUUUGCUUCCUUACUUCCUGUCCUUCAAUUUUUCUGUCCUUCAAUCCUGUCGUGACUGUUUUUUUUUUUUUUUUGAGUUGCGUGACUGAUAACCUCGUUUUAAAAUUGUGAGCCUCGGUUCCAGUUACGUACCCCGUAAAAAUACGUAUCGCGGACGUUUUUGAGAGAGCAGAGAUUUUGAGUUGUGUUUUUCUAGUGAUUUGAGUUUUCACUUUGUGAGGAUUAAAUCUUUUAUUCGAAACGGAAGUUUGGUUCCCACAAUCCUUCCAUCCAUUCCAUUCCAUUCCUCCCUAUCUGCUUCCUUAUAUUCUUAUUUCUCCUUAUUUGCUUCCUUUCUUCCCUCUAUUCUUCUGUCCUUCAAUCCUUCGAUCCUUCCAUUUCUUUUUAUUUGCUUCCUUUCUUCCAUCUAUUCUUCUGUCUUUCAAUCUUUCAAUCCUUCCAUCCUUCCAUUCCUUCUUAUUUGCUUCCUUUCUUCCAUCUAUUCUUCUGUCCUUCAAUCCUUCCAUCCUUCCAUUUCUCCUUAUUUGCUUCCUUUUUUCUCUCUAUUCUUCUGUCCUUCAAUCCUUCCAUCCUUACUUUUUAUUUGUUUCCUCCUUAUUUGCUUCCCAUUUCUUCCCUCUAUUCUUCUUUCCUUCAAUCCUUCCAUCCUUCUAUUUUCUCCUUAUUUCCUUCCUUUCUUCCCUCCAUUCUUCUGUCCUUCAAUCCUUCCAUCCUUCCACUUCUCCUUAUUUUCUUGUCCUUCAAUCUUCAUCCUUCUUCUUUGCUCUAUUCUUCUGUCCUUCAAUCCUUCCAUCCUUCCAUUCUUCCUCAUUUUCUUCCUCUAUUCUUCUGUUCCCUUCCAUCAUCCUUCCUUUUGCUUCUUCCUUUCCUUCCUUCCUCCCUUCCUCCUCUCUCUUUUUUCUUCUUUCCUUCUUUCUAUUGUUCGUUCCUUUCUUCUUUCCCACUUACUUUACUUCCUUCCAACCCUCCUUUAUCUCUACCCUCUCCUUGCCUCCUCUCCCUCCUACUUCCUUUGUUUCUGCCUUCCUUCCUUCCCUACCUUCCUCCUUUCUUUCCGUAAUUUUUCUCACUCCCGUAACUACAUUUAAAGCUCAAUAUUUUUUUGCAUUUUAAACAUGUCAACCAGGGAGAAGACAGCCCUGACCGAGGGUCUUGGGAAGAGUUGACCUUCAUACCAGAAGAUUUCAUGGCUAAAGUAAUUGGGAAAAACCGUAAGAAUUUGGAAAAAAUAGAAGCGAAAACUAAGGCAACUUUGAAAGUCUCUGAGAAGAAUAGCUUGUAUAUCAAGGGAUCUCCUGAGAGCAAGAAGCAAGCUAUUCGGGAAAUAAAGGAAACCAUGGUAAGUCGCUCUGUGACAUAUAGGGUACUUUGUGGGAUUUUUCAGGUGUAUAUUACCAAGGGACAGAAUACCAAUAUCCAGCGACUCCCAGAAUAUUAUCAAGUUGCAAGCAACGGAGCGAAUCAGUCAAUGAGCAGUCAGUUAAUUUGAUUUUGCUUGUCUGUGCUUGCUAGUAAGCUGAGUUUAAGGUACAACUUCCAUAAUUGACCACCGCUAAUGAAAACCAAUUACCCAAUUCCUAAUGCAAGCACAACUCGAUCGCCUGCAGAAUCUCUGUUCCCCUUGGGAGCCUGAUAAAAAGAUUAUGGUAACAGGCUUCAGUGACCAGUGGAUAAAACAUAUCUUUAAUGGUGAAGACAUCAGUGGCCAUAAUCAGGUAACAAGCCCAACAUGUCCUCUUGAUAAAUCCCACACAAUACGUAUGAUUUUGAAAUUACAGAGGUGUAUAUUUAACAAUUAUUCGCCUCAGGUUCAGUGAAUGUUGUUGAAUUAUCGUCUCGAGGAUUACUCAACAGUGUUCACUGAGCCUGAGGCGAUAAUUGUUUUAGUAUAAUUGCUCAGGUGCUGGUGAUUACUCGUAUCAAGAUAAGCAAGGAGCUUUGGCGGGUCUAUUUAAUUAAAUCAACAAAAACUUAAUAUCCCUCUUUUGCUUUUCGCGGUUGAAUUUUCUUCUAUCGUGCUCAUCACUUCCUCGCAAACAUUGACAAAAGGCGAGGCAACCACUUUGAAAUUUAGCACUCCUGCCACAAUUACCUGGCGCUUCCUCGCGCGAGGUGAUUAUAGUUAGGUAAGACGCAAUCCUCGACCCAUCAGAGCGCGUGCAUCUCUCUAAUAACCGGAACAAUUACACCAAAUGCCUAUUGAAUUCAAAGGGAACGUUACUUACCAUGUUAUGUAUGCGAUUAUCAUUUUUCUCCCCUAUGAAGAAUGGAGGCAAGGAAAAAUACGUUGCAAAAGUUGUCCAUGUGGACACUGCACAUUUGGAAGAAGACCAUGAGUUUAAGCUAUCCAUCGCACAACCGCCACCAACCAGAGACAAGUGUUUCAAAUUAAAACUACAGGACGAUCCUUUAAAAGGGGUAUGUCGUUGACUUCAAAUCUGUCUUGAAGGAAAUACCUAACAAAAAAUGCUGUGAAAGCUAAUAAUUUUAUUUUUUCUUUAAUUAUUCAACCCUAUUUUUAUCGGAACCCUCCUGGGAGUACUGGAAGAGGGCUUCGACCACCGUUUCAACUUGAAAAAGAAUAGUUCGUUGAGACACUCACGGAAACAGAACUAGUUGUGCUGGUCCCUUCGCUCGCAAGACUCGAUUACUAACUAUCCUUUCUAACUACCAUAGAUUCUCUUUAAUGUCCCUUUUGAAAAUCUCUUGAUACAACAAGACGAUAUUUGCUAGAUGGUAAUCUAGGAGUGUUAAUGAUAUUGCAAGCAAAAGUUACACAUCAACCCAUUCCGUCGGCCAAAAACUAGUUUAGCCAGCAGGCUUCGUCUUUAACUUGCUUAGCCGCCCAUGGGCGAGUGUUUUGGAAGUAAAAAGGCGGCACAACAAGAGAUUCAGCAUAAAAGUACAGAACUGCAGUUGCUUCGUCGUCUUACAUUAGAGCUACGUUCAGGUUUUUAUACCAACGAUGUGAUGAAAUCAUGUCGAGAAAUCAUCAAGCAUUGAAGAGAAUUUAAGAACUGCAAACACCAGGUCUAUUUAUCUCUUAGACUUUUUCUUAUCCACGAAACUGUGCGUGAUGGUUCUUGUGAACGUUUCACUAUGAAAGGUGUGUUUUUAGAUCUUGCCGGCUACUUCAACUAAUGAAUGUAUUAUUUCAAAGGAAACACCCUCUGGUUUUGUGGGCACGGAAAUCCUAGAAGAAGAAGUCCUGCGGUUUUUGAAGCAAAUUCACAAAAAGAAGGAGGAGGAGAUGGUCAUGGUAGUUAUUUCGUGUUAUUUUGGUCACGCCUACCUAAUCAAGGUUGAUGAAGGUCAGUCCUGUAGAUUUUAUGAGUCUUUCGGCGAAUUGGUGAGGUAUCAAUUAGAGAUUUUUUCAUACUUCUUUCGGUAGAUGAAGAGGAUGACAUCUUCACCCUGAAGGAGGUCAAAGCGAGAAUUGAAUCAAAGGAUGACGAUCGUUGGGAGACAAUAUUCCGGAAAGUUGAGACAAUCGAAGUUGAGCAGACUGAAAAGUCUCUCAAAGCUUAUGCAUGCACAGCUAGUGAUGACCUACGAUACGACCUCACCUUCUUAACGCCAUCUGGUUUAGAAUUUCUAGUCAAGGUAAUUUAACCAUGUACCAAAUCAUUUUUUCUGCCGGGUUGGGGCUACCGUCGCCUCUAGACUAUGGUCAAUAAGCAAGCACACUCAACCCGAAAAAGACAUCUAUGUCAAGCUAAAGGUAGACAGAUGUCGAACCCAAGCUGAUUCACGUCUCCACCUUUGUUCGUUAAUCCUUAAGCAUCGUUAACUAGGCCUAAGAUGCCAUCACCUUUCUAAUUGUGUUAACUACCAUUUCGUUCACUUUAAAUUAACCAAUUAAAACGUUCGAUGGAGAAAAAUGCUAGAUUUCCAUCCUCAUCAUCCUAACCCAAACAUGUGCCGAAUCAUUUUUCCUGCCGGGUUGGGGCUACCGUUGCCUCUAGACUAAGGUCACUAAGCAAGCACACUCAACCCGAAAAAGACAUCUAUGUCAAGCUAAAGGUAGACAGAUGUCGAACCCAAGCUGAUUCACGUCUCCACCUUUGUUCGUUAAUCCUUAAGCAUCGUUAACUAGGCCUAAGAUGCCAUCACCUUUCUAAUUGUGUUAACUACCAUUUCGUUCACUUUAAAUUAACCAAUUAAAACGUUCGAUCGAGAAAAAUGCUAGAUCUCCGUCCUAACCAUCCUAACCCAAACAUUAAGCCAUGUUAGCUCAGAUAAAAGGAAAUUUUACAACCCCACAGUUCACAUAGCGUUCAACAGCUUUUUAUUAACUCUAUUAAAGCUCCUGAAGGCGUGUUUCUACUCUACCAAAAUGUUCUUAACGAUCUGGCCUUCUAUACUUUUUAUCAAACCUAUGGUGUCGAUUGAUUUUAAGGUAGCUCUGUGAGCACCAUGGUGUUCUAUUAUGCAUAUUGUAUCAAAUAGUGUACAGGGAGAUAACACGACGAAUUAAGGGAUAUUGUCUUGAUUUGUGAUCCUUAUACCUUGAGCAGUUUCAAGUAAUUUUUUUGCUGAUGAACUCUGAGCUAUCGAAAUAGAGGCUGUGUAGGGUUGGUAACACUGCAGUAACAGACAAGCAUGAUUACACGUCUAGCAGAAGAGAGCCUUCUGACAUUUUGUUUCGCGUCUGGCCAGUUAAAGAAUAUAAAAGUGUUGUUAAACCAGUUCACCAAGAUUUCACUUACAGACGGUGUAAAUUAGCCAGGGCCCGACCAAAUUUUCCCUCUUUAUUUGUUAUCAUUAUCCCUCUGUUAUUAGGUAUGGCUCAUCGAAAAAGAACCUGGGGUCGAAGGCGCUUCAGCGUCUUCCCUGGCGUUCCGUCGCAGCCCUCAACUUUCUGUCAGAAACACCUUGACAGAAAUCUUGCAUGACGACCAUAGUGGAGAUACAUCGAACUCACCAAUUUUCUACAUCAGCGAUACAUUUAAUCAGCAAAUGACAAUCGACAUUCUAUCGCCGUCUGCAGGAUUUGAUUGCCGUUUGAAAAUACGAACAUGUAAGGAAACGUUUCUCUCAAACUUAAGAUGAAAGAAAUAUUAUGAUUCUGUAUCAUAUGAUUCUGCGUGUUAUUUACUUCUCUAGAUAUGACUUUGGGACAUUUAUGAUAAUAUAGUUGCUUACAACUUCGUGGCAUUUCCUUCCCAUUCAAGAACAGAAAAAAUUUCAGGCUAAAUAGGUUAUUAGCACGCCAGACUAAGUUUGAUGGUCACCUUAAGCCUGGUCGGUGAAAGGGCAGGGCCUAAAAUCUGAAUAUAAUUAACUUCAAGUGGUUGGUCCACCCAUCACAUAUAAUGAAAUUGAAAUGGCGAUAAUUUAAGGUUUGAGACUCGAAUGAAAAAAAUUGCAUGUAUGUUACUAUGCAGAACAAAAAGGACAUAGUCUGACCUCACUUCUUUCCUCUUUUUAGUUCCAAAGUUUCCACAAACAAAACCACAAGCAGAAAAAAGAGCGCAAACUUUUAGAAAACUACCUCAUGAAGAUGAGGAUUGAUGAUGGUCAGCUGAAGUUUCCACCAAUUUCCGAGCUACCAGAUGGGUUUUGACCUGUCUUUUCAGCGCCGCUGCCUUCGAAAGACAUAUCGGUAUGAACAUGACGGAGACGCGUUUACUUUAACGGUUAGCAAAGACCAGUUAAACAAAGUGAAUGCCGACCAGACUGAUGCGUACAGUUUCAAUGAAUCAGAAGCGAAGGUAUUGUUAAUCAUACACAAACAGUUUAACACUUAUAUACAUUUCCCUGAUUCAAAUUCGUCCUCACCAUCAGGUGCAAUUCUUCAUGAAUAUCAUUUUUUCUUCGUUCGAUCACAGGUGGCCUAGUUAGCGAUAUGAGCUCAUAUUUAUUUUGUUUAAAACCUGAUAUCUGAAGGAGUAGCAUAACUACGGUUUAGAUACACGAAACUCGACUCUAUUUUGGAACAUAUGGAGAUACAUUUGUAGGAUUGAACAGAUUCGAUUGUACAAGGAAAGCAACGGAAUCGGGCUUAGAGGCAGAUGUUCAUUUUUUUCCCUAAGAUUAACUUCAGCCACAACCUUGUUGCCUUGCCUGUUGUUCCGUUGCUUUUGAUGCCUGAGAUGUUAAGUGUCCACAAAACAGCCUUGCUUGUCCCUUCGCUCACUGAGUCAUCGGUGCGUUACUUACUUGCAUCAUACUACAUUAUACCACAUCACAACGUAUUCGCAUCACAUCAUGUCUAGCCAAAUCACAUCAUAUUCACUUUUACAUUCACGUCACAUUCACUUUUACAUCCACAUCAUAUUCAAAUCACUUUUACGUUCACAUCACAUCAUAUUCAUUUUCACAUUCACAUUCGCAUCACAUUACGUUCACAUCACAUUCACUUUAACAUUCCGUUUACAUCAUAUUCAGGUCACAUUACGUUCACAUCACAUCACAUUCACAUCAAAUCAUAUCACGUUACAUGCACUUCACAUUACAUCACAUCACACCACAUUCACAUUUACAUCAUAUUCACAUAACAUUACGUUCACAUCAUAUCACUUUCACAUCAAAUCACAUCAUGUUACAUUCACAUCCCAUCACAUUCACAUUACAUCGCAUUCACAUUACAUCACAUUCACAUUACAUCAUAUCUCAUUCACAUCACAUUUACAUGACAUCACAUUACAUAUACGUCAUAUUUACAUCACAUUAUGUUCACAUUACAUUCACAUAAAAUCCCAUCACAUUAAAUUCACAUCACAUCUCACACAUCACAUUCACAUCCCAUUCACAUCAUAUUACGUUUACAUCAUAUUCACAUUACCUUACAUUCACAUCACAUUCACAUCAAAUCAAAUCACAUUACAUUCACAUUCAGCUUCAUAUCACAUCUCAUUCACAUCACACCACAUCACAUUACAUUCACAUUAUAUUCACAUCACAUUACGUUCACGUCUCAUUCACAUCACACCACAUCACAUUACAUUCACAUUAUACUUCACAUCACAUUGCAUUCACAUCACAUUCACAUCACAUCUCUACAUUUACAUCCCACCUCCCAAAGUGGGCAGCUCGGUGACGUGUCUUUAUUAAUUACUUUACAAGAUACAGGCAAUAAGCGAAAAGGGUCGCAUUUAUUAAACAGUUAUGUCCACUCAUUUGGAAAAUUUGAAUAAGAUUCGGUUCUUAAUAGAAGUAAACUUUUGGUAACAAGAAGUGAAUGGUCGGAUUAACGUCGUUGUAAAAUAUUUAUAUGAGAGGACCCACAAUUCAUCUGAAGCGUGACCAUGAGGUAUCGUGGAGUUACAAUCAGUAAUUAUUUCUGUGCUUAAAUGGGAUCAGUUGAUGUGAGUAUUGCUACAGCAUUUGUAUAUUGUUUUUAAUUUCUUUUCAUUACUAAUGUAUUUUGUUUGUUUAAUGUCUUUUUGUCAAUCAUGAAAAGCCGAAUGUUCAUCUCAACUGUGAAGAAUGGGACCAAGUACUAAAUGAGGGAAACUGGGAACCGGAGCAGAUUACUGC